UCACACAAAGUCAUAACCAGACCAGAGAAGAGAGAUCAACUACUCAUUACAAUUAUUAUAUUUUCAUAUAUAGUUUAUUUGUGUUUGAUCUAGAAGAGAUCAGAGAAGAGAAGAAGAAGCCGUUUCGAACAUGGCGGGGUUACAGAGAUCUCAAGUUUCGUUUCGGCGACAAGGAUCUUCAGGGCUCGUAUGGGACGAUAGAUUUAUAUCGGAAGAGUUAAACAAAGUGAAUCAAAAAGAUGAACAAGCUUCAGAGCCACAGCCACACGGCGGCGGCGGUCAUCAAGAUGGAGAAACACAAGCCCAAGAAAUAUCACACGACCAUAACAGUAAUAUUAAAGAUGUUAAGCCGGGAAGAUCAAUUAACACGAUGGAGAGAAGCCGAUCCAAUGGCGGAGGACGGGGAUACCGAACCGGCAGGGUGUCUCCGGCGAUAGAACCACCUUCUCCGAGGGUGUCCGCAUGUGGGUUCUGCGGCGCUUUUGGUAAAGCAUCCAAGAAGAAUCAGUUGAAAAAGUCCGGUAAGCGUAGAUCACGAUAGCUUUUGAUAAUAAACAGAAAAUGUUUUCAGGUGAACGGAGAUGGAAUAUUCCGGUGAG